AUGUCCACCAUCAUCAGCACCCAGUCUGGAGCAAAUCCCAACACUCAGCCACUGGAACGCUGGCAGCAGCAGCAGCUGUCUUUAAGCUGGAAGAGAGACCUGGCAGUGGGAUGUGAGGUUAUGUACCACCUUUGCCAGAAAGAAUUGAGUCUCGACAAAAAAGAAAUCCACCACAGAGAUUACAGUGAUAAUAUUUCAGCUGAAAUGAGGCUCUGCAGAAGCCAAUCCGAGUGCCAGCGAGAGAUCGGAGAGAAAGGCAAGAAGAUAAUCCAAUAUGAGAUGGAUCAGAAAACAGGCCGCGAGUUCCGCUCACGCAUCAAGGGCUCCCGUCCCUCUGGCCGUUACCCAACAGCACCGGGGCUGGACACCCAUCCCAUCCUGUCCCAGAGAGACGCAGCGUCUGACACGGUCGGGGUGGCGGGGCAGGUGCUGCGUCCCAGCAGGAUGACGGGGGGGAGGGACAAUGAGGAGAAGCCAGCCGAUAAGGAGAAUGAGGCCGAGAAGGUGGACAAACCGCAGGAAUCAGCUCCGGCCCCAGCAGCAGUCCCAGCAGCAGUCCCUGGUCCAGCUCCAGCUCCAGCUCCAGCUCCAGCUCCAGCCCCUGCCCCAGCACCAGCCCCUACAGCAGCUCCAGCUAACCCUGAUCAAGCUGGAGCUGACGGAGAAGAGGCGGCCCCUCCUCCGCCUCGUCCCAUCGUCAUCAACCAGUAUUCAGACGAUCAGCUCGUAUCCAUAGUCCAUCGCAUGAGAGAGAGGCUGAAUCUCUACAAGGAGAAAGUGAUCGAUCAGUAUGCUUCGUCUCCGGAGAUCACUCCUCCCAUCACACCUGUGCUGCGCAGAGACGACUACACGAAAGUCAUAGAGGAGAGGAAAAGGCAAGAAGAGGAAGACCGGAUAAAGAAGGAAGAAGCUGAGAAGAAGAAGAAAGAGGAGCAGGAGAAGAAGAAGAAGGAGGCCGAGCAGAAGAAGAAAGAGGACGAGGAGAAAAAGAAAUUGGAGGCUAAAGAUGGGGUAAAGGUGGAGAAGGACAUGAAGACCAAGUUUAUAGACGCCGCCUGGUACUCGGUGGACGUUGUGCUGAAGCCGGUCGAGGACCUGGUGGACAAUGCGAUGGGGAACACCAUCGACCCUUUUACGGACCGCCGCUACAUCGCCUGGCUGAGCUUGGUGACUUUGGCCUUCAACUACAACACCUGGUUCGUUACGGCCCGUCUGUGUUUCCCGUACCACAAUGAGGAGGCCAUCCCUUACUGGUUCGCCAUGGACAUGUUGGCCGACCUCAUCUACCUCACAGACUCCAUCAUCUUCCAGGCACGCAAACAGUUCGUCAAAGCUGGAGACAUCAUAAAAGACAGAGUGGUGACAAAGAAGAACUACAGAGAAUCGGAGAGAUUCAAGCUGGACAUGAUAUCCCUCAUGCCAUUCGACUUGCUGUACGUCCAGUUCGGAUUCAGAUCCAUUUUCAGAGCCAAUCGCCUGCUGAAGGUGAAUACAUUUUUUGAGUUCAGCGAUCGUCUAGAGAGCCUCAUGGCCAAGGCUUACAUCUGGAGAGUGAUUCGGACCAUCGGCUAUCUUCUCUUCAUGCUCCACCUCAACGCCUGCUUCUACUACGUGGCUUCAGAGUACCAGGGCAUCGGGGAAACUAAAUGGGUCUACUCCGGUCUGGGCAGCGCGUACCUGCGUUGUUACUACCACGCUGUCCGCAGUCUGAUCAACAUCGGGGGUCUUAGCGAGCCCCAUACCGUCUUUGAGAUUACCUUUCAGAUGAGUAACUUUUUCGUGGGCGUCUUCGUGUUCUCCAGUUUGAUUGGACAGAUGAGAGACGUCAUCGGUGCUGCCACAGCAGGACAGACCUACUUCCGGUCCUCCAUGGACGGCACCGUGGACUACAUGGUGACCAACCACAUCCCCUCUUUGGUGCAGAACCGAGUCCGCACCUGGUUCACCUACACCUGGGACGCUCAGGGCAUGCUGGAUGAGUCCGAGCUGCUGGAUAAGAUGCCUCUAGUGAUGAGAACCGCCAUCGCUGUCGACAUCAACCUGACCACCUUUCAGAAGAUUGAUCUUUUCAAGGGCUGUGACCAGCAGAUGUUGGUGGACAUGUUACUGAGGCUCAAGUCUAUCGUCUAUUUACCAGGAGACUUUGUCGUAAAGAAAGGGGACAUCGGUAAAGAGAUGUACAUCAUUAAAAGUGGAGCGGUGCAGGUGGUGGGAGGACCUGACAACAGUAUUGUGUUUGUCACACUGAAGGCCGGCUGUGUGUUUGGAGAAAUCAGUCUGUUGCAGUCAUCUAAAGAUGGAGGGAACAGGCGGACAGCUAAUGUCAAAGCAUACGGCUUCGCCAACCUUUUCGUCCUGGAGAAGAAAGACCUGUUUGACAUCCUGGUCCACUACCCAGAGUCUCAGAAAGUGUUGGCUAGGAAGGGAAGGAAACUCAUGAAGGCGAAGGGUCCGGCAGCCGCUAAAGCAGAAGUGGAUAAGAAGAAAGGCAUGGCGCUGUUUGGACCCAAACCGCCCACGCCCAAAAUGCUGCGUGCUUUCGGUGGAAAGGACUUUCUUAAAAAAUUGAAGGCUGCUGCUGCUGCCGGCGGCCAGUGAGGAUUGUAGUGAGCUUAUUUUUUUAUAACUCCUUUUUGGGAGUAAAUGUACAUUUUUGUUUUCAGCCUCUUACUACUCUUUUGUACUGAGUGUGUAUUUCCUGUCAUUUUAAGAUAUUGUUUAAAACUGAUGCUUCUGUUAUUUCCCAGGGUCAAACAUUUUAUAUGACAUGCUCCACAUAACUAAGACAACAAGCAGAUUUGAACACCAAAACGAUGUAUUAAACACAUAUUUCAAAGCUAUUCUGAUGAGAUGUACAGUAUUUGAACCUCAACUAGUGGGUUUGUUCUAUAUUUAUAUUCCUAUCCACCUUGUUUUGUUUGUCUGCUUUUAUUGGCUAUAUCUAUUUUUUUCUGUUUUGCCAACGCACAGUAGUUGAAAAAGCCUAACAGAGAUUAUCUCUCAUAACAAUCGGUAAAAAUAAUGCUCAUUUGAUUGAUUUGAUCUCCAUUAAUAUCUGCUCAAAUAAACAAUUCCCUGACU